AUGGCAAUUGACCCACUGACAAUGACCGUCCAAUGCAAGGGAUGCCUCAACGGCAUCAAACCUGAAGGCAGACACUCAUCUGGGACGACUGACAAUAAAUUCUAUCGCAUUGACCUUCAUACACAUGUUAUGCCGCGGACCCUACCACAGCUAUCUGAUCCUGAACAAAACGGUACACAAUCCAACUCAUGGAUUGAACUAAGACCAUCACUAGUGGAUGGCGAAUCAGUUGAUAUCUUUAUCGAUUCCAAACAUUUCCGGACCGUUCAAGACAACUGUUUUGACCCGAAAGUACGCCUAAGGGACAUGGACCGGUCUGGUGUCCACGUCCAGGUAUUGAGUACAGUUCCAAUCCUGUUCUUCUACGAUAAGCCAGGCAAAAUGGUCGCCCAAUUAGCCCGGGCGCUCAAUGAUCACCUGUCGCAGGUGUGCACAGAAUACCCGACCAGAUUCGUCGGUCUAGCGACGGUUCCGCUGCAGGACGUGCAAGCAUCUGUUGAAGAGCUCAAGAGAGCAAAAUAUACCCUCGGACUAAAGGGCGUCGAGAUUGGAACUACGAUUGGUGAUAUGAACCUCGACGACUCUAGGUUGGACUCAUUUUGGGCUGCCUGUCAAGAGCUAGAUAUGCCAGUCUUUGUCCAUCCGCUGGGCUAUUCUCUGCUCAAAGAGAAUGAACAUCGAUGGGGUCAGUAUUGGUCUUCGUGGCUAAUCGGAAUGCCCUGUGAGACCGCCCUAUCGAUGAUGGCCUUGACAUCUUCCGGUCUCCUCUUACGAUACCCAAGAUUGCGCUUCUGCUUUGCUCAUGCAGGAGGGGCGUUCCCAACCCUGAUGGGAAGAAUUGAACACGGAUACAAUUGCAGGCCAGACUUGGUUGCUUCAAGAGCGGGUGGCCGAAGUCCUUCAGAUCACCUGAGCUCAGGUGACAAUCUCUGGAUAGACAGCCUGGUCCAUGACCCAGAUCUCCUUGCAUAUCUCUGCAAGAAGAUAAGAGUGGAUCGCAUUCUCAUGGGGAGUGACUACCCAUUCCCACUUGGCGAAGUUCCUGAAGCAGGCAAGAUGUUGACGUCCGACGGAUCACUCUCUGAGUUUCUGUCGAUGGAACAGCGUGCAAUGAUGCUAGCUGGAAAUGCCAUUGACUUCCUGAAGCUGGAUGAAAGAUUCCAGAACGCAUAUAAAGAUAGCUUAAGAAACGUAUUAAAACGAAGCUGA